UGGGGCAAACUCCUCCUCCAGGGAGGUUCCUUUAAAUGAGAGCCAGCUGACGGGGCCUCCAUUCUUACUCCUGAGCAGUACCUGCCCUGCGAGGAGGAGCACCCCCCCACCCCCCAGGAUGCAGCCCACCUGCACGGCCCAAGAGUUCGUGGACAGCCACCUCAAGCCCAGGAGGAUGGUGGUGUUCAUGAAGCCCACCUGCCCCUUCUGCAAACGGACCCAGGAGAUCCUCCUGCAGUACCCCUUCAAAAAGGAGUCGCUGGUGUUCGUGGAUAUCACAGUCACCAGGAACACAGAGCGGGUUCAGGAUUACCUGCAGCAACUCACUGGAGCCAGAACGGUACCUCGAAUCUUUAUCGGGAAAGAGUGUAUAGGUGGAUGCAGUGAUCUAGUAGAGAUGGAUAGAAGCGGGGAACUGAAGGUGCGGCUGAUAGAAAUGGGAGCUCUACAGUUGUAAUUACAGACCCAGGCUGAUGUCUCCCUUGAGAGCAGGAUGGCAUUGUGAAUGGUGGCAGCACUUCUGGUGGAUGGAUCUGGGGCGAACUUUACCCAGCAACUGAUUACUUAAUCUUCUGAAAUAUCUAAACAAAAAAAAAAAAAAAUGGGAGCGUUCUCAGCAAAAACAAGCUUUUCUUCUUUCAACUCUAUUGAGAGUGGACCCACAGGUCUGAGAUGUGGAUGGGCGUCUUCGGGUUUCUUCCGGAUCGGCCCCUGGGUUUCAAUAGACCGGGACAAGUUAUGGCUCAGGAAUCCCUCACGGACCCAAAGUUCUUUCUCUGUUGCAUGUGGUUCUUACUAACUGUUGUGGUUGUGCCAGGACUCCCACCUCUAAGCCAGUGUUUCCCAACCAGUUUAUCCCAGGCUCCCUAGGAUGAACUGAUAGUUCAUUGUACGUGACUGCCCAAACAUCAGUUUGUGGAGUUUGAAUUUCUAGUCUGCAUUUUGAAGUCCAUAGGUAUUUUGAAUGUGCUUUCCCAACUCCAUAUGUCUCCCCGUAUCCUAUCUUGAGAAUCACUGCUCUGAACUCGUGCUCUGAACCUUGACAGCUCAGAGGUCAUAGGAAAUGCUCAACAGUCCUGGGAAGGGUCUGAGGGCCGAUGUGAGAAGUGCCACACGAGACGUUAAGCACAGUGGGGCUUUACUGGGUCUACAGGGCUCGGAGGUCCACGUGCAGAUGCUGUGAUCAUGUGGCAACACUGAUUUGUGAGAGGAUCCUGCUCAUGUGUGCAUGAAUGUUAGGUGAUGAGCAAAAGUUAAAGUUAAAACGUUAUCAUAAAAAUCUUGCAGCUCCCAUCUUUCCAAGAAUGUCUGUGAAAGUAGCUCCACUUGAGGAGGAACACUGUCUUAAAUGGUCUUAUCACCUUUUAUCCCACACUCUAUGAAAACUUAAGAAUCCCUCAUUAUGAAGCUUGUUCUAGAAUUACAAGAUUAACUUAGCUUCCUUUUUCAGUCUCUAGGGUGAAAGGCUAAUAUAUUUUGGUAAUCACAGAUGACUGACUUUUUUGGUUCUUAAGGAAUGAAAUUAAUGUGAACACAUCAAUUUGGAGCUUUAUUCAUGUUUGUCCCCUGCCAUUAUAAAUAAAAGUACAUGCUAUUCACUGAGAA